AUGCAAACUAAUUCCCCAAGUCUUGCCAACUCGGAAAUCUCCACUCAGAAUCAUCAUCAUGGCACCACCACCAAUACUGCCAUCAUGGAUCUUUCCCUCACACCAUCAUCUUUCAAAGGAAGAGAUUCAUCAUCUCCGAGUACUCCACUCUCCUCCUCCUCCUCAUCAUCAUCAUCUGUAUUUUCUCAACAUAUUUCGAGUGCUUCUACUAUUAGUAAAAGAGUGAAUCAAUUCAUUCAAUUGUCUCAUCAACAAGUUGAUGAUGAAUCACUUUCAACAUCUCUUCAAUAUUUAGAUCAAUUAUUUAAACAACAACAACAACAAUCAAACUUGAAUGAUUCGAAUACUCAACCAUUUACAUCUAUAUUAUCUACUACUACUAUGAGUAACACUCAACAUUCAUCUCAAACACAGCAAUCACUCAAGAGUUUCUUAUUACUUCAGAAUUUACAUUCUCAUAAAAAGUAUAUUUUAGAAUCUUUUGAAAAAAUUCAAAAUCAAUUAAAUGAAAUUAAUUCACAAAUACAAGUCAUUAAUACUCAUACAAAGAAUAUUGAGAAUUAUAUUCAUUUAUCUACUGGUCACCACCACAUGAAUACAACUACUACUACUCCAAUUACUACUUUCACUACUCAAAGUACUAUUGGUCAAAUGACUCUUCAAACUACUACUUCUCAAACUACUCCUCAAACUACUACUACUACUAUUACUAAUACACCCUCCUCUUCAAAUACUUUACAAAUUUCUGAUUAUACCAAACAAAUGAAUUCCUUCUAUAAUGAAUACAUUUCCAAUCUCUAUAGACAAUAUCAAUUAAAUGUAUUUAUUUCUAAAUUUAUAUUUCCAGAAGAAGAAAAACAAUUAUUAUUACAUGGUAAAAUUAGAGGACAAGAAUAUUUUACGACUCUCAAGAAAUUAGAUGACAUGCAUACCACAUGUUCAAACCAUUUUGUGAAAUCAUCAAAUUAUCAACGAAUCAUUUUUGAAAUUAUGGAAGAAUUACAAAUGAUUCGAACAAGUGCAUUGGAGAGAAUUACAAGAUGGAUUGAAGAUGAAUGUAAAGCAUUGUCCAGUGAUUCUGAAAUUGAUUCUGAAUAUGAAUUGAAACAAGCAAUUAAUAUUUUAUUUGAUAAGACAAUAUUCUUACCCUUAUGUUUGAAACAAUUAAUUGUAUCGAGAAGUGAAUUUGUAAAGAAUCAAUUUUUUAGUGCAUUGACGAUGAAAGGUCAAAAGAAGAGUCGUGGUGUGAGUACUAGUAGUAGUGGUGGUAUUGGUGGUAUUCCUCUCAUGUCCACCACCACAUUGACCAUCACAACAACAACAACCUCAUUCACAUCCACUCCAUCAUCUCUCUCCAAUCCAAUUGAAAUGUUAGCUCAUGAUCCACUCCGAUAUAUUGCUGAUAUUUUAGCAUGGAUUCACAAAUCAGCAGUCAUGGAAAAGGAAUUGAUUCAAAAUUUAUUAUCUGUUUAUGAUCAUCCUAUCAAUAACACUACCACUACUACCACUACUACCACUACUACGACUACUACGACUACUACCACUACAAACAACAACAACAACAACAACACUACCACCUCUUCUCUGAUCAAUAACCCUCAAUCUACCUCUUCUUCUUCCUCUCCCUCCUCACUCUCACAAGGAACAACUUGUCAAUAUCCACGUGAACCACUCUUAUUCAAAAUAUUGAAUGAUAUUUUUGAUGAUUUGAAAGGACAAUUACAAAUGAGAGUGGAACAAAUUAUUAACAAGAUAACAAAUCAAACAGAUUCUCUCAUACUCACUUCAUCAAAUACAUCUUUAAAACAAGAUAUUGAAGAAGAAUAUACAAUAGUCUAUUUCAAAUUAGCUCAUAUAUUAGAAUUAUAUUCAUGUCUAUUCGUUAAAGUAAUGGGUGAUCAUUGUAAACUAUCUGUUUGUUUGAAUGAUUUGAAAGAAAAGUGUAUGGACAAGUUCUUUAUUAAUAUUAAGAAAGAUUUAAAUCGAUUGAUUGAAAAACCUCCUGAAAUUACAUUGAAUUUAACUCCACCUGAAGAGGUGAAAGAAGUUUUAAAUAAUUUGACUGAAAUUAUGAACACCUAUUCAGAGUCUGUCAUGAUUCCAGAGAAUCGACGUGAAGAAGAUUUCCAAAGUGUCAUCUCUGCAUUUAUUGAUCCACUCGUAGAAUUAUAUAAUAAUUAUUAUGUGAAUGUAAAAUUGAAAGAGUGUGAGAAUGACCCAAUGUUGAAAUCAGAUUACUAUGUGUUUAUUAUUAAUGGAUUUUAUUGUAUCUUACAAGCAUUGGAAAGUCAACAACAAAAUAUUGUUCAUAACAAUCUUCCUAAAAGAAGUGGAACUCUCACUCGUUCAACAACUGAAUUAGUCUCAACAGAAAUGGAGAAGCAAUUAGAAAUAUUUACUCACUAUCAAUCAAAAUUAAUUCUUGAAAAUAGUGGACUUGAACACAAAUUGAAUAUUCUUCACAGUGAUGAACAUUUAAAACAACACAUUCCUCUCUCUCAAUGCAAAGAUAUGGAUGAACAAUCUCUCAAAGCAUUCUUCCAAAAUUUCUACACUCAAUUAUUUUCUUUAGGUAGUUUGGCAUUGACUCAGAAACAAUCGUGUGAGAGAUUAUUGAGUUCAAGAUUAAAGACUUACACAAAGAGUAGAAUUGCAUUGGAUGUCUGCAAUGGAUACAAGCAAUUAUAUAAUGCCAUCAUGGAUGAAAAGAAUUUGUAUGAAAAUCCAAAAGAGAUUGUCUAUCACGAUCCUGAACAAGUGAAAGUGUUACUUGAUUUUUUAAAAGGAAGAGGAUUCAUCAUGCUUUUAUUAUAUAGUUAA